AUGACUAAAAGAGAAAAACUCCAUAAAAAACUUUAUCAAGACUUUUGUGAUCGAUCCAAAGAGGCUAACAUUAAAGGAAAGAAUACAGAUUGUAGACAAAAAUCGUUUCAAGAACACUCUCGCAGAAAAUAUCGCAAAGAUGACAAGUUGCCACUCGAUUGUGUGUUUGAUUUGGUCAUCGGAGAAGAUCACUAUACCGCCUUUCAAGUGUUUAGCGCUGCGAAAGCCGCUUCGGAAUGCUUUAAAAAGAAAUCAAACACGAAAUCCUAUCAGUCUUUUCCUCUUUGGACGAUCCACCCGAUCAAUAUCCUCCACGGAAUCGUAGCCGAACACAUGCUUAAAAAAGAUGAUAACCAUUCUCUUUUUAUAUGCCGGGGACACUUUGUCCGUGUCAACAACAACGACCCACACCAUUCUGACCACAAGAACUAUGCAUAUUGUAUCCUCCCCUCCUGCCCAGAUGUGUACAAAGUAGACGAUAGUACAUGGACAGCACCUGAAGAUCUCAAAACAACUAUCAUUCAGUGCCUUCGUGAUAAGACCAUCCCCCAAGACCUCAAAACCGCAGUCUGGAUUUGUGCAUUCGUGGCAGCCAUGAUGACCAUAGACUCUCGUCUCGUUGGUUCCACCGACUUCCAGUUCAUACGCCUCCACCCCGUUGCUGGACCAGUAAUGCGAGAGUUCAUGUUAUCCUUUCGCCAGUGGAAUGCGGAGAUCACCAACAUCAAAGAAACGAAAGGAAUAUUAUUUAUUUUUUUAUAUUCCUAUCGUUUUGCUCACCAGAUAUGGGAAAAUCUCUCACCCAAAAUCUCCAGCCAGAGCAUAAAACGGAGUUACCCAGCCUUUGCCUCGCAAUUACAAGCUUUACAAAAUAAAGUGGUUCGUAUUAUCACCCCAGGUGAAACGGAGAUAAGUCCAGGUAAAAGUUUGGUGGAUGCUUUUGCUCAGGACAUCAUGGAUAUUGGUCUCGGAAAGACUUUUCUUGGAAUCCCAUCCACUGUACUCCCGAGCCCAACACCAUAUUCUACCAAAAAAUAUUUUGACGAGACGAUAAGAAAACCAAUUUUCCGGGAUUCAAGCUCUGAUCCGUCAAUAAACCCAGGUAGCGCGUUUGCUGAGAUUGCAGUCGGCAUGGCAUUCUCUGAGCUAGUCAGGUGGGCAGGUACUUGGCCAAUGUCACACAACGGAUCGGUGGCUGAUGCACAAAAAUCAGCUGGUGAUGAUGGACGUCUUACUGCCGUGGAGCUCAAAUCCAUGCGGCUCUAUGUCCGCAGCAUUCUCGUGGAAUCAGAAGAUGCAUAUAUGUGUCCUCGUUGGCUGAUUGAUGGUGUGGAUACGAGGAAAACACUCGCAACAACUGUUGCUCCUAAACUGCUCGUCGAAUAUUUUUCAAAAGAGAUCGAUUUUUUCUCACGUCAAUCUUUGGAUAGGGAGUAUUUCAAUUCAAGUGUAAAUACAACAACGGAUCCAUUAAAACCAACAACCUCAUUUGAUAUUAAUGGUGUUGAUUUCCAAUUUGAAAUUAUAAUUGCAGUCUGUGUCAACAGACAAACUAUUUUAUUGAUUUUUGGAAGAGUAUGUGUAUCACAAGAAUUAAUUCUUUCGCAAUCAGAAUUGAAUAGUGCAAUCUUUAAAAUUCAACAAUUUGGAAUACCUGCCAUACCACAAGAUCAAUCACUUUGUAAUUAUGGACCACCUGCUAUAUUUAAAUGUAGUAGUGGUACUGGAGGAGGAUAUCAUAUUGAUUCAAUAUCAAUAACAGGAGUAAUAUUUACAAAUGUUGGAGAUCCAAAUGUAACAAUACAAUUAGAUUUUCCACAAGUUACUUCAAUCUAUUUAUCCAAUACACUUGUUAGAAAUACUAGUAUUAAUUUUUUAGAUUAUGUCAAAAAUCUACCUUUUUUAUCAAAAUUUUAUACAGGAGUAAAUACAUUGGUAAAUGUUCCAAAUGAUUUCUUAUCAACUAUGCCAAAUAUGAGAAUUUUGGAAUUACAUCAAAUAUCAAACAUACCGAGAGGUAUAUUAAAUCAUCCUGGUUUGACUUUACUUUCAUUGGGAGCUACUGCUUUGAAACAGCUGUUUAAACGUUGGAAGAGUGCAAAAGUUACAGUUAAAUUAAACUCGUCAACUUGUACAGCAUUGGUUUUGACUGGUGGUGCAGACAAGAUUUUUGUUCAAGUAUUUUCAAAUAAUCUAUUAAAUGUUCCAUGGGAUAUUUUUAAUAAUACAAGACCAUCACUUCCAAUUGUAUUGACUGAUAAUGAUAAUCUUGUUGGAACAGUUCCAGAGUCAAUGUGUAGAUUCAAAUUAAAGAUUCAAAAUACCUCUAUUACAAGUGUUCCAUCAUGUUUUUGGUGUUAUCCAGCUUUGGAUCAAGUCUUUGUAACUAGUCUUGAAAGACCUCCCAAUUUCAUUUGUCCAGUAACAUUUGAUAAUCAAACCAUUGUCACUAGGGCUGGAGAAGGUUUGGUGACUGGGUCAGAUUUGGGUUGGGGGUUUAAAACCAGUGAAUAUACUCUUUUACCAAUCAUCCCAAACCAAAGUUUAAAAAUUCAAAUACCAAACUUUGGAUCCUAUCUUUUAGCUCAACCAAAGGUUUUAUCAGUAAACCUUUCAACCAAUGCCAAUACAUCUUAUAAUCUAAAUGUAUUAGAAGCCGUUGGAUUAAAUUCUUCAUUACCUUGUAAUAUUUUAUCAAUCUCUUCAGUCUCUAUUACUUGUAAUACUAGUAAUAUACCUGAUCCUGGUAAAUACCCAACAGUUACAUCUGGAAUUGUAAAUGAUAAUAAUAAUAAUUGA